UGCCAGGCACAGAGAUCCCCUUUGCUGUGACUAAUUGAAAGUCUGAUUCUCUGCUUUAAAGACAGCCAGGGUGCUCUCUCUGCCCUACUUCGUUUUUCCUGUUUCCUUACUCCUCUUCCUUCCUAGCCACCCCGUGUGGAUUCAAAGUUGCAGCUUAGUGCAGACCAAGGGAAUACAAGGCAAAACGACCAAUGUGGGAUUGAGAGAAGAGAAACAAGGAAUUCCAGAGGCUGGGGGGAGAGUGAGGAAAAGAGAAAUCUGAGAAUAAUCCAAUGGAUGUGGCUUAAAGACAUCGAUCACAUGUGGAAUCGGAAUUGGAUGUUACACAGGCAACAAAAUAAAUAUCUGUGCAAUAUAUCUGCUUUAUGCACUCAAGCAGAGAAGAAAUCCACAAAGACUCACCAGUCUCCUGGUCUGCAGAGAAGACAGAAACAACAUGAGCACAGCAGGAAAAGUCAUCAAAUGCAAAGCAGCUGUGCUAUGGGAGGUAAAGAAACCCUUUUCCAUUGAGGAUGUGGAGGUUGCACCUCCUAAGGCUUAUGAAGUUCGCAUUAAGAUGGUGGCUGUAGGAAUCUGUCGCACAGAUGACCACGUGGUUAGUGGCAACCUGGUGAGCCCCCUUCCUGCGAUUUUAGGCCAUGAGGCAGCCGGCAUCGUGGAGAGUGUUGGAGAAGGGGUGACUACAGUCAAACCAGGUGAUAAAGUCAUCCCGCUCUUUACUCUCAGUGUGGGAAAAUGCAGAGUGUGUAAAAGCCCAGAGAAGAACUACUGUGAAAAAUGGUAGGUUUCUGAUGCUCUCUUUACACAGACUUUGAGUUGCAUUGGUUAUAGUCUGUCUCAACCUUUGUCUAUAUAUUACACUGCAAUCCCCAAACUUAAUCCUAGAGACCACGAGGUUAAACGGAGUUGCCCUGCGCCCUGGAAAGUCUGCCUCAUUGGCUGUGGAUUUUCUAGGCUGAUUAUGGGUCUUGCGGUCAGUGUUGCCAAGGUUAGACCAGGCUCUACCUGUGCUGUGUUUGGCCUGGGAGGGGUCGGCCUAUCUGCUGUUAUGGGCUGUAAAGCAGCUGGGGCAAGCCAGAUCAUUGCGGUGGACAUCAGCAAGGACAAAUUUGCAAGCAAAGAGUUGGGUGCCACUGAAUGCAUCAACCCUCAAGACUACAAGAAACCCAUCCAGGAGGUGCUAAAGGAAAUGACUGAUGGAGGUGUGGAUUUUAAGUUUGAAGUCAUCGGUCGGCUUGACACCAUGAUGGCUUCCCUGUUGUGUUGUCAUGAGGUGGCACAAGCCGUCAUCGUAGGGGUACCUCCUGAUUCCCAGAACCUCUCAAUAAACCCUAUGCUGCUACUGACUGGACGCACCUGGAAGGGGCUGUUUAUGGUGGUAGAAGGUAUCCCAAAGCUUGUGGCUGAUUUUAUGGCUAAGAAGUUUUCACUGGGCUUGAUAAUAACCAUGUUUUUACCUUUUGAAAAAAUAAAUGAAGGCUUUGACCUGCUUCGCUCUGGGAAAAGUAUCCGUACCGUCCUGGCGACGUUUUGA